CGCGACGGGAGUGUUGUGAUGUGAUGUCAUCAAGCAGCGACUCACGUCAACCCAGGCGUUGAUGUUCUAUUUUUGCAGGGGAUGGACUUCACAGAGUGCUACGGAGACACAGUCUCCAGUGUUGCUGUUGCAGCUCGCUCCGGCUGUAGGAAGCGGGUGAGGAGGCUGAUAAAGAGAGGUUUCAGUGUGGACUGUCGAGACAACCGCGGUUGGAACGCCCUGCACGAGGCGGCAGCCGCUGGCAGUGAGGAGUGUGUGCAGGAGAUUUUGUCGGCUGCGGGCGCAGGCUCCUCCCGUAGCUGUGCUGCCUAUGUGAACUCUUUGACUCAUGAGGGGGAAUCUGCAUGUUACCUGGCAGCGCAGCGGGGACACCUGGCUGUGCUCCGACUCCUCCUGAAAGCACAUGCCAACAUCAACCAGCUAACAAAUGACUUGUCCUGUCCUUUGUACGCAGCUGCUAUCUGUUGUCCAGCAGCUGUUGACGGCGGGCAGAAGGAGGUUGUAGAACUGCUGGUCAGUAAAGGUGCGGAGGUCGACCGAACACACACCGCGUCCUGCUGGACCUGCCUUCAUCAAUCUGUUUAUAAGGGUCACAGUGAGAUUGUGCGUAUUCUGGUCGAUGUGUGCAACCUGGAGGCUCUCGAUGACCAUAAGAUCUCCCCUGUCUUUGUGGCUGCACAGUAUGGACAACAGCAAUGCCUGGAAAUCCUUGUUAAUGCUGGGGCCAAUGUGAGCACUCAGGCAGCUGAUCUGGCCACACCGCUGCUGAUCGCCUCUCAGGAGGGCCACCAGGCCUGUGUGGACUUCCUGUUGGACCACGGGGCAGAUCCUAAUCUAGCCUGCAGUCAUGAGUGGCCACAGCUUCCCAUUCAUGCUGCCGCUGAGUUUGGCCACAUCGGUGUCCUCAGGAGGCUGAUAGCUGUGACGGACCGUGUGUGUGACCGUGGUGAUGGCAUGGUGAGUCCACUGUACCUGGCCGUCCACAGCCAUCAGAGCAAGAGUGUCGAGAUGCUCCUGAAGGAAGGUUAUAGCCCAGACGCUCAGGUCUGCUCACACAUCCUGGGCGUCCGAUCACCGCUCUCCUUGGCCUUGAGUCGCACACCCAACGAACCGUGCAGUGAAUCAGUGGGGUUGCUGGUAGCUGCAGGAGCAACUUUGAGUGAGGAGGACUGGAUUUACGCCUUGGCCACUGACAAAACAGACCUGCUGCAACUGAUACUUGAGCACAGAUGGAUCCCUCGACAGGAGACUUUGACCAGGGACUGUUCUGUACCGAACCAUCGUGGGAAAAGUGUGUUAAAGCUGCAGGAACUGAGGGAGCUGCUCUGUGUGGCACUAAACCAAGUACACUUUGCCGCCUGCUGGUUUCCUCUGCUUCUAAAGGCAGGACUGGAACCUUCUUUGCUGCUUCAGCCCCACAUGUUGGAGCAGACAGACAGCGAGGUGUUGAAUUACCUGCUGGAGUUUGUAAACUGGUCGAAUCUGUCUCCCCCAUUGAAACAUAUUCUGGAUCGAAGACGGGCAGAGAAGACCUGGGAACCACGUCCACAUCUUGACUCCAUUCCCUGUCUUUCCCACAUCUGCCGGCUGCAGGUUAGGUCAGUGCUGGGACCAGAUCUACUAAUGAGGACCAAUGUAGUGCAGCAGCUCCCUGUUCCCUCCCCACUUCAUGUCUUCCUCCAAUUCAGAGACAUUCCAGAAGCUACCUACACACACUCACCGCCAUCAUCACCACUUUCAGAUCGAAUACAGGGAUACAGCAGCACACACCAACACAGACAUGUGCUAUAACCCCAUUCACAUUUAAAUCAUCUUAUUUCACACCGUUUGACAGUUUGAUAUGUUUACUGUGUCAGCUUGUUACAGCUCCUCAUGGCAGCUAAAUGAUGUUUCAGUGUAGUAUAUAUAAACCUAUGUUUUUAUAGCACUAUUCAAUCACAUUUAAAUAUUUUUUGAUGUUUUGUUCAUCAUUGUACACACAUUUCCUCAAACAUUUGAAUAUAUUGGAUCUUUGAGACUUUAGGAUUACAAGAAUUUCAAAUAUAAAAGUUCUAGAUGUGUUUUAACAAAGGUUGACUACACAGGUGGGCCAGAGAGGUUUAAGAAGAUACUUCAUGUUACUUUUCAAAUAUUAUUUCACUCAUGUGCAGAUAAUAAUAUGCCCAUGCUGUUUGCAGUCAGCUGUUUCUUUGGGCCAGUGCAUUUAUGUUUAAAUUUGAUCUAAUUUAUUUAUUUUCCGCAAAAAACUCAAGUGUUGUUUGU